UUUGGCGGUCAGAUUCACGUAUUGAAUAAAAAAAAAAACUCAAGUUGUCUCGUUUCUCCCUGCAACAGUUAUCGCCAUUGUCAGUUGCCAAAGAGGAAGCUAAGAGAUCUCUAUUUCUCUACUUUACGGCAUGGAUAGCGACAAUUUGUCACGUACAACCGCAGGGAAGCCGAUUCGAUGCAGAGCUGCCAUUGCUCGCGUGCCAGGGGAGCCUCUAGUAAUAGAAGAGAUUCUAGUGGACCCGCCAAGUUCCCAUGAAGUUCGGAUUCGAAUCAUCUGUACAGGUCUCUGUUACAGCGAUAUUACUUUCUGGAAAAUGAAGGAUUAUCCUGCUGUUUUUCCAAGAAUUCUUGGUCAUGAGGCCAUCGGGAAGGUGGAAAGUGUGGGGGAGAAUGUAAAUGAAGUAGCAGAAGGAGAUAUUGUGAUACCAUAUUUUCUAGCAGAUUGUAGUGAAUGUGUAGAUUGCAAAUCAAAGAAGAGCAACCUAUGUUCAAAAUUCCCCUUCAAGGUUUCUCCUUGGAUGGCUAGAUCCGAGACAAGCAGAUUCACAGAUCUCAAGGGACAAACUUUACAUCAUUUUUUAUUUGUUUCAAGUUUUAGUGAGUAUACUGUGGUAGACAUUGCUAAUUUUGUAAAAAUUGACCCCGAGAUCCCUCCAAAUAUGGCAUGCCUCCUAAGUUGUGGAGUAUCAACAGGGGUUGGAGCUGCUUGGAGAACAGCAAACGUGGAGGCUGGAUCAACUGUUGUCAUAUUUGGGCUGGGAUCAAUUGGAUUAGCUGUUGCAGAGGGAGCAAGACUAUGUGUUGCUACUAGAAUUAUUGGUGUCGACUUGAUUCCAGAGAAAUUUGAAAUCGGAAAAAAGUUUGGAGUCACAGAAUUUGUUAAUGCUAAAAGUUGUGGGGAUAAAUCAGUAAGCCAGGUAAUCAAUGAGAUGACAGAUGGAGGUGCAGAUUACUGCUUUGAGUGUGUUGGUUCUUCAUCCUUGGUGCAAGAAGCAUAUGCUUGCUGCCGAAAGGGAUGGGGUAAGACAAUUGUGUUGGGAGUGGACAAGCCGGGAGCACAGGUGACCUUAAGCUCUUUUGAUGUUCUUCAUAGUGGAAAAAUUCUGAUAGGCUCAUUGUUUGGAGGACUCAAAGCUAAAACCGAUAUUCCAAUUCUGUUGAAACGUUACAUGGACAAGGAAUUACAACUGGAUGAAUUUGUCACACAUGAGAUGAAGUUUGAAGACAUCAAUAAAGCCUUUGAUUUACUUAUUCAAGGAAAGUGUCUUCGAUGUGUGAUAUGGAUGGACGAAUAAGGGAGUUUUUCCUUUGUUUCUUUUUUUGCGUGCCUCCAACAUUUACUGCUUUUGUUUCAGUGAAUUCCUUUUCAGUUCUCGUGCUUAUGUAUGUAAGAUUCUCAAUUGUUUGAAUAAUUGACACAAUCUUCUGGACUUAGUUUCAAAAAUCAAUUUAAUGUAAUACAGUACUAGAUUUA